GCUUCUGCUCGCUCUUGCUUAUGCUCUUGCUUUUGCUUGCCUGACUUGCUCGUAGGUUUGUGUGCAUGUGUUGGGGUGUGUGUCAGGUGUUUGCUUGUGCGCUUGUCCUCCUGCUGAUUUGUGCGCCUUCUGUUUCUUUGUCCUAGUGAACUGAGUUGCAUUGAUCGCCCCAACCUGGUAGUGUGUUGGCGCGUUGGUGCAACCCAAGCUGGCAAUAAGCCCUGCAACCACUGCUGCUGCUGCUGCUGCUGUGACACAUGACGACGAAGUUGACGGUCCCAAGCAUGGCCAGCCGACGUCGUGGCGUGUCGGCGCCACCGCCGAUGGAAUGGAUGGUGCACUUUGAGCCCGCCUCUGAGGCCGGCAAGGUCUCCAAGCACGUGUCUGCGCACAAGGGGAAGUAUCCGGACGAACUCAUUGACCACUACAGCGUCGGCUACACCGUUGGUGAUGGCGGCUUCUCAAAAGUCAAGCUCGCAAGACACAGAAUGACCGGCAUCAAGGUGGCGAUCAAGAUGAUAUCCAAGGAGACGCUUCAGCGACAGGGCGAGCUGUUUCGCGCCGCAAACGAGAUUGCCGCCCUGCAGCUCCUCAAACACCAGAACAUCGCCCGUCUCUUCCAAGUGCUUGAGUCGCGGUCGCGCGUGUAUCUAGUGAUGGAGCACCUGCCUGCUGGUGAGCUGUUCGACUACAUUGUGGCCCAAGGCCGCAUCCGCGACGAGAUGGUUGCGCGCAAACUCUUCCGGCAGAUUGUCUCUGCCGUCGCUCACUCGCACCAGGAGGGCUUUGCGCACCGCGACCUCAAGCCAGAGAACAUGCUGUUUGACGAGAAGAAGGUGCUCAAGCUCAUCGACUUUGGCCUCGUCUCAAUGCCGCACACGGAACAGUGCAAGACAAGCUGUGGCUCUGCAAACUACGCCGCACCAGAGGUGAUCCGUGGCGAGUCGUACAGCGGGCCUGCUGCUGACAUGUGGUCCCUCGGCAUUGUUGCCUACGCCAUGCUCUGCGGCUGUCUCCCCUUUGAUGAUCCAGACCUCCGCGUCCUCGGAUCCCUCAUCCGAAAAGGCGAGUACGCCGAGCCGUCCCACCUGAGCCCGAGCGCGCGUGACAUGAUCCGCGGCCUGCUGUCCCUCGACCCUGCCCGUCGCAUGACCAUGGAUCAGCUCCUAGCACAUCCCUGGAUGGUCGCCGGCCUCCCCACAGACCGCCUCGACACAAGCUCCCAGAUUGAGUGCGCCGAGCUGGACCCGCAGGUGGUGGGUGUGCUUGCGCGCUACUACGGCGUGAGCGAGGACCGCGUGCGAAGCCACCUGGAGACGGACCCGUACGACCACGUUACCGCCGACUACGAGAUGGUGUGCCUGGCCAAGACAAAACGCCUGCCCCUGCGCCUGAUUGAGGGCGCGGGCACGUUCCAGCCGCGCGAGCUGCCCGAGAUUGAGGUGGAGCAGCCCGACGCGGACAGCGACGCCACCGGUGACGGCGCGGACGGCGCUGGUCGCAUGCGGCCCGGGUCUGCCCUCUCCAACGCAUCGUCCACCAUCUCCACACCAGACGCAUCGCGUGCUGGGAGUCCGCGCACGCGCCGUGGCCGCCGCCGCGGGAUGAGCGAGACGCUGCAGGUGCCGAAUGUGGACGCCAUGACGCCGCGGUCAGGCAACUGGCUCAGCGCGCGGUUCAACAGCAUGCGCACGCUCGCGCAGCCGCUCAUUGUCUCGGACAGCAACCUUGGCAUCAACUUCAAGUCCAAGGCAGACGCGGAGACGGUGCGGCAGGCCAUCUACGCGCACCUGAGCAGCCUGCCUGGCGAGGUGCGGGUGAAGAACCGCAUGUUCCGGCUGGACGUUCUCAUGCGCAACGACCUCAGCGACAACCAGGAGAUCCGGCUCCACUUUGAGAUUGUGCGCAUUGUUGACCCGCCGCUCACGGGCAUUCGCGUGACGCGCGUCAAGGGCGACCGUGCACAGGUGCAGAAGGCGUGCCUUGCCAUCUUUGAGGACUUUAAGGUCUAG